AUGGAUUAAAAAUGUUGUGUGAUAGUGACAUUCGGAUUUUGUCGAGCGGUCGAAAUAAUGAUUAAAUUUCCAUCGAGUGAUGAGCAAUGAAAAAGACAGCAAUGACGAGAUUGGAAAAUCCACUUCGAGCACCUCAGAAGUGGUGGACAGCACAGAUCUAACAACAUCAAUUGAGCCAAACAUCCUAAGCUCAGAACCGCAAAGCGAUGAAAAUGAAGAGAUAACGCUUGAAGAGAAUGUUCAAGAACCAACAACUUCGACACGGAAUUUUACAGACGCUUCAUCAAUCGACGAACCCGAUGUGAGUCGUUUGACCAGCUCACAGCCUAAUCUUGGCACACCUAAGGCUGAUGUGUAUUUGGUGCGGACUCCUGCUGGAGGUUUAGUAAACUCCACCAAUGCUAUGCAUGGGGAAAUCUUUCUGAAGAAAGUGAGCUCUAAAAAGAGUGUGAAGCGCAUUCCUCCCUCGUAUUCGACGGUCCUCAAACUGGGCCCAGCCCUCAGCGACUUUGCCUCUGAUGCUUAUCCUUCUAUUCCAUUUAUCACUCGACAACCUCCUCCUUCAUAUGCGGAGGUUCAUGGAGGCUGGGACGAAAACCCCAGUAUAGUUUCAGCUGAUUCCUAUUCUCUAGGGCCAAACCCGCUUUAUAUUUCCUGUCCCCGAUGUCGGACAAUCGUGAUAUCGGACAUUCACACUGAAAGAUCCAACCUGUCCUACAUAAUAUCGGCAGUUCUGUGUGUUUGCCUCUGCUGGCCCUGCUGUUUGCUGCCUUUCUGCUUGAAAUCGUGCAGGAACACUUAUCAUUUUUGCCCCACCUGCCACUACUAUUUGGGCGUCUACCGACCAUGCUGAAUAAACUCUUCAAAAAAAAAAA